UUCUGACUUUCCGUAUAACAACAAACAUGGCGUCUUCCGCUGAUGUACACGUCCGAAUAUGUGGCCAAGAAAUUAUUAAAUACGAUUUAGAAAUCAAAGCUCUUAUUCAGGACAUCAGAGAAUGUUCUGGGCCGCAGACAGUGCUGAUGGAUCUGAAUGCCACGGUGAAGGAAAAGUUCAGUCAGUUAAGACAGAGAAUACAGGUGAGGACAUGGAGCAGAUGGCUAAAGAACAAGACAGAGAGACAGACAAGCAAGCUAUCUUGAGUGAAACUGAAGGCCAUCGGAAGCAGAUGUUAAGUAACCAGAUGGCAUGGAGAAAGGCCAAUCUGGCCAGUAAGCUGGCCAUUGAUAACCUGGAGAAAGAUGAACUGCUUCAGGGGGGUGACUCUUUGAGACAGCGGAAAGCCACUAAGGAGAGUCUUGUGCAGACUUCCAGUGACAUCACAGAGAGUCUGAUGGGCAUCAGUCGUAUGAUGGCACAGCAGGUGCAGCAGAGUAAAGAGACCAUCGGCACUUUAGCUACAUCUUCAAGGACUGUGCAAGAGACGAAUGAUGAGUUUAAGUCUAUGACGGGCACCAUCCAUUUGGGGAGGAAGCUCAUCCUAAAAUACAAUCGGCGCGAACUAACCGACAAACUGCUGAUCUUUUUAGCUCUCGCUCUGUUUCUGGCAACUGUGCUCUACAUCCUGAAAAAGAGACUCUUUCCUUUUAUUUAGUGGAAAAGGAAACUCAACCCACUUUUUUCCAUAACUCACUCGUGAAGGUUUCAACCCAAUUUGACUCACAUUUAUCACAGCAGACCUGGCAUGAACUUCAAAAUAACUUCUGUGGAUGAAGAAUUCCCUGCCAGGGGAGUUGCUGAGCAAAUGAAAUCUUUUGCAUACAAAAUAUAUGUAAGUAUUUAGUCCAUAUUAACUGGCUUGAAAAUUCUCUAGGACAAUAAGACAGGACAUUAAAGUGGUAUUAUAAAAUUUUAGGUGCAGAAAUUAGAAUGAGAUUUUCAAGAGGAAAUAAGUGCAGAUACGGCAGCAUUUUCAUUUCCAAUAUUAGUAUUAACGAUUACGUUUCCAUUUCAUUUGCAUGUUUUUAGCUUUUGUGAAAAUAUUGUAAUAUCUGUAAACAACUUUGUUGUUUGGGUAAGAGUAGAAUGUUUUGAUCUCAGGUUAAUUCUGUAAUAUUCCAGACCCUGAUGGGUAACCUCUGCAUAAACUUCAGAAAAACCUUGCUGCAAGAUGUCUGUGCCUUAUGAACUUAACAAAGAUGCUGCCACUUCUUGUAAUAGUUGCGUAAAUACUUAAUGUCCUGUAUAUAUCACAUUAGAAUUUAAAGAAAAUUAUUUAAAAAUGUAAAACUAGGGUUUUAAUCACAUCGAAACUUGUCAAGAACAUGUCCAGGUCACAUUUCACUCCCCCAAAAAUGUUUUGCUUAAAGAAAAUAAGUAUAUUUUAGGAUUAGUAAGAUUAAAAUUAGCAGUGCUCUUAAUGCAAUAAAAAUGUAAUUUAUAUAUAUAUAUAUAAUUUUUUUUCCAUUAUUGUAUUGCAGAAAAAAUUAUAUAUAAAACAUUAUAUAUAUUAAUUGUAAAUAAUUUAGUAUUUGUUGCACUUGUAUUACAGUUGUAUAAUUGAAUUAAUUAAAUGUUCU